CUUGUACUCAGUCUUCUCAGAAGUAGAUGUCACUAACAAACACAGGCAGGAGGAUCAUACCACUCCUGGCAGUGCAGGCCAGGGCUUAAUACCCAGGUGGCUCAGUGGAUUAGGAAGUUGGCUCAGGGAUAGAUCCGAGAGUGUGGUGGUGGUUAAUGGGCUGCCAUCUGAACAGAGACCCAUCAGAGGCAGUGUACCACAAGGCUCAGCCCCCGGUCCUGAUCUGUUCAACACAUUUCCGAGUGAUAUAACAGAAGGGUUAUUAGAGGCUUCUGCUGUCAUGGCUCGCCGGUCGCAGAGCUCCUCCCAAGGGGACAACCCUCUGGAUCCCAACUACCUGCCGCCCCACUACAAGGAGUACUACCGCCUGGCGCUGGACUUGCUGGCGGAGGAAGGCAAGGAGAGCUACCACCGGUUCCUGGCGGAGGAGGCAGCCCCGGACUUCCUCUGCCCCUCAGAGGUUGAGCACAUCACUCAGCACCUGCAGAAGCCGCAGUGUGCCUCUCAGGAGGGAGGCGGCAGCACGGACUCCAGCCCGCUGGAUGCAGACAUGGACGGUUCCUCGGGCACUUACUGGCCAGUGAACUCUGACCUGGCCGUUCCAGAGCUGGAUCUCGGCUGGCCAAUGGUCUUUGGGUUCCGGGGAACGGAGGUGACUACUUUGGUGCAGCCCCCACCCCCGGAUAACCCCAGCAUCAAGGAGGAGGCACGCCGAAUGAUUCGGGCUGCACAGCAGGUGGUUGCUAUAGUCAUGGAUAUUUUCACCGAUGUGGACCUCUUGAGUGAGGUACUGGAUGCGGCUGCACGCAGAGUUCCCGUGUAUAUCCUGCUCGAUGAGAUGCACGCCCAGCUCUUCCUGGACAUGGCUGCCAAAUGCAGAGUGAACCUCAACUUUGUGGAAUUCCUACGUGUGCGGACAGUUUCUGGCCCCACCUACUAUUGCCGCACGGGGAUGUCGUUCAAGGGUCACGUGAAGGAGAAGUUCUUGUUGGUGGACUGCAUGGUGGUGCUGAGUGGCAGCUAUAGCUUCAUGUGGUCAUUUGAGAAGAUCCACCGGAGCAUCGCUCAUAUCUUCCAGGGUGAGCUUGUGGCCAGCUUUGAUGAGGAAUUCCGCAUUCUUUUCGCCCAGUCAGACCCGCUGGUUCCUCCGUCCAACAUUUUAGUGAGGACAGAGGCUCCGGUGGGGCCCUACAGCAUGGCCCCCUUUGGCAACAAUAUGCCCUUCUUUCCAAAGAAGCCUCACCUGCUUCUCCCCCGAGAGGACAACCUUUUCUCACCUUUUAUGGAUCGGAUUGACCCAGACAGGUAUUUUCUGUCUUCUUUAAGAAGAGACGACAUGCUGCGUCACACUUUAGAGGGUUCGGCCAUGCGAAUGUACUCCAAAAAAAUGGAAAUGGAGAACUGCCAGGCGGACCCUGUUCGGGGCUACCUCCGUUCCAAGCAGCUGGAAAUGGACUCAUUUAAAAGGCACAGCUUCGCCGAAGGCACCUUUGAGAACUUUCAGUCCACAAAGCAGUUUUCUAAGCAGUUGUACAUGAACAAUUUGGACGAAUUUAAAAUUCAGUCCAGUCAUUUUCAAAAAGAUCAGUUUUAUCAAUAUCAGUUUGAACAUCCCCAUGGGGCUAACAGGCCCCAGGGGCUUUUUGAAAGAAUCCGAGGAGGCAGACUAGGAUUCAAUGAACCAGAAGAUUAUGCAGAUGGACUUAGGUGUCCAGAACUGGAAUCCAAUUUCCCCCAAGAUGGGUAUCCAUUGUGGCUGGAUUAUGUGCCUUCUAAUUCUUCUAAAGAAGUGCGACACGGCUCUGAUCACCUGAAUCCAGGAGGGAACGGUCUCCUCGGUCUUCCGUCUCUAAGAAGGCAAAACAUGGGGCAGAAGUUUAUGUGCCAGACAUCUCCCACACAGAAGCAGAGCAUGGAACAGAGGCUUUUUCUGCACGACCAAGGCCAAGACAUAGAGCAAGACAAGAAGGUUCAGGAGAACAGGGCAGGGUUGCGCAACUGGAGAAUUUCCUCCUACCUUAGCGGGUAUCAGUCUGACCCGGGAGAGGAAGGCCUUCUGAUGCCCGUGGAGUCGGAGUUGCAUAACGAGGUACUUAGUCCUCCAGAACCCCUUACUAGGUAUCCCAGCGACCUCCUCCCCACUUUCAAACCUCCACUUCCACUUCCAAAUGCCAAAGACAUUUCUGGAACCGAGAGAUUGCCAGAAGAAACCUCGGUGGUGAAACAGGAUCCCUUCAGGAGCAGGAUAAAUCCCUUGAUCCAGAGGAGUUCGCGACUUAGAUCUUCUCUUAUUUUUAGUGCUGCCAAAUUAGACCAGCCAAACUCAUCCACUGAAAAAGUCCAAAUGGUGCAAAAAGAGCAGACCUCCACCGAAAUGACCAAGGACGCUGAAACCAUUAAAGCCAGCACUGUCUCUAAAGUGGCCGAGCUGCUGGAAAAGUACAAGUCAGUGGGGAAAGACUCACAAAGUGCCACCCUCAGUCACACCAAAGCUAUGUCUGCAUUUCUCCAGGAAGAAUCCCAGAAUGCAGGAAAAAAGUGCACUAAGUCGGUGCAGUACAAGAUUCUGGAGAGCCGGGUGCUGGACUCCAAAGACUCCUUCAGCCCUUAUAAGCUGCACCCGGAAUCGGAGGAGCAAUUUGGAGGGUCUGCCUCAGCGACCGAUAUGCUUAGCAAAGACCCCAUGGUCCACGGGAGCAAUAAAACAGACAAGCUUGCUUCUCGUUUCUACCCAAUAGACCAAUCCAGUCUUCCGGAGAAGGAGAGCCUAAUAUUUGUGGGAGAAACUCAGAAACGUGCCAUAGCAGACAGGAAGGAAAGCGUCUCUUUCAAAGGAGGAGAUGUAUCUGAAACUGAAGACCACAAGCCAGCACAAGCUCCGGUCAGCACCAUCUCCUCCAAGAACCAGGGCUCUGACAGCUCUCUCAGUAAGCUCGACGAAGAAAGUUGCAAGCAGGAACCGAGUCCAAGAGAGUUUUUUAGGAAGGGAUCUCUCAAGCUAAAGCAGUUGCUAAAUCCCAAAGCUGAGAAAAAAACAGACGAAGAAACAGGCCUGGAGACCUGGAAGCCAGAUAAGUUGAGUGCAGGAGCCCUCAAGCGAAUGUCCAGGAGCAAUUCUCAGGAGAUUAUAGAAGAGGAGAAAUCUCCCAAACUGGCUGCACCGGUGCCUGUCGUCAGGGUGAACCCAGGGCCUCAAUCUCGACUGCCCUCCUCCACGGCCAACGUCCUCUACAGCAGCAACCUCCGAGAUGACACGAAGGUCAUUCUGGAGCAAAUUUCGGCCAACAGCCAGAAGAACCGGGCAGAGUUGGCCAGGCAGCUUCCAGCAGCUAGCAAUCCUGAGCUGUCCAGGUCCGCCACAAGUUUGGACCGUAAAGGGGACGAGAGGAACACAGGGAUCAGCAGAUCAGAAAGCUUUGGGAGCCAUAAGCGGGGCCUGCAGAGGGAGCCUUCGGAAGACCGGGAUUCUCUUCUGAAGAGGAUGGAGAGCAUGAGGAAGGAGAAGCGCGUCUACAGCCGCUUUGAAGUUUUCUGCAAGAAGGAGGAGCAAGGCGAGGAGGAAUGCGAGACAGACGCCAAAGACAAGAAGAUGGGAAAGUUCAUGCCAAAACUCUUGGGGUCCUUCAAAACCAAAAAAUGACUUGAGGCUGCUGGGACGGCCCUGCCUGAGACCAAGGUUCGUGGCAGGCCUUCCUCGGCAUUUCCAAGCCCAUUCUAGCAGCAGGACAGCUGGGCUGGGGCUGGGGGAGAGGGGAAGUGGGGGCACCAAGCAGGAUUAAAUGACCAUCGGGGGAACUAAGAGGCCAGCAUCCCACUAGCGGUUAACUUUCUUUGGAGGGGCUGGAGAUUAGUCCCACAUCUAGGAACUCCCUCCAGGUAGGGGAGAAAAACACACCGAUAUGAACGAAGAGGAGGCAGUUGGCAACACAGCUGCUUUUUGAGCAAGUUCAUUUAAGACCCCCCAUUCUUAGGGGCCCAGCUCAGGUCAACCAUCCUGGGCCACUGCCUCUGAUCUUUUGCCCCUGCAGCAGCCCUUCCUUCAGGGCCCACCAUUUCACUGGACAUUUUCUUUGUGGGGACAGUCCAUUUGCUGGGGGAGUGGGAGGGGGAAGAGGCAGUACUAAGGAAUCCACAAGGGGAGGUGAAAUCAACACAGAAAAACAUAGAAGUCAUCCGGUCCAAUUCAUUAGAAUAGUGCUUCCCAAACUUGGGUAACUUUGGCCAAAUUGGGUAAAAGUGGUUUUUCUUUGGGUAACGGCACACAACCCUAACCCAUUACCCAACCGCAACAGAGUCUUAAAUUGUCUUAAAAUGGUUUUCCUACAUUGGGUAAAAAGGACUUUCUGAUAGGUGGUUUUGAGUAAUGAAGGAAAAAGUUUGAGUAGUCUUGCAGGAGAAUCUUUUUGCUAAAUGACCAUCUUGCUGGAAGACCUCCUCCUGACCACUGUCCUUGUUCUUUGAGCAUGCUGGUUCUGUCCUCUGAGAGCCCUUCAGAUAUGGGAAGACUGUCGUCGUAUAUCCCUGCUGCAGGUUAAGCAUAUCCAGCUCUCCCGCCAUCCCUCCUAGAGCUCUGGCAGCCUUUUGAAUGACGCAGGCCAGGGUGGGAUACAGACCUCCAAGUGGGAUUGACUAGGGCAGGGUAGUGUGGGAUGUUUACUUCUUGGGAUUUGGACUUUUAUGUUGCUGUAAAUGCACCCAGGGUAGCAUUUGCCUGUUUAGCAGCUGCUCAUGUAUGGUUGAUGAGAACACCAGAUCUCUUCACAUGUACUAUUAUCAAGUCAUGCUUACCCCAUCCUAGAAUAGUUCCUUACACGUUUCCCACUGAGAUGCAGAAUUUACCAAUUCUCCCAUUCUAAACUCUUCAUUUCAGCUCAGUAUUCAGGCUGCUCUAGACCUUUUCAAAUCUUCUCUCUUGUCAGGUACUCUCCAAGUUUUCUACCCACACAAUUUCCUGUUCCAAGCCCUUGAUAAAAUGAGCUCUGUGCCUCGACACCCCCCCCCCCCGGAAUGUUAGGGCUGGAUGAAACUACUGUAAAAUGGACUCACCGUUGGCUGAAUGAUUGUACCCAAAAAAGUGCUUUCUAAUGGCUGCUCUUCAGCUUGGAAGGAAGUCUCGAGUGAAGAGUGUCUAGAAACACUCUUAAGAAUUUGUUGAGAUACUAGUUCAUGAUGUCUAUAAGGUUCCCUUCGUCUACUAAACUAGUAACUCCAGGAUUAUAAUCUGGGAUAAUUUCCUUGUGAGACCACCCUGCUGGCUCUUCUUAACUGUUGUAUUUCUUUCUUAAGUGCUCACAAAUAAUCUGUUUGAAGACAAUGCCCAGAAGAGCCCAAAAGUACAGUAGUUUCUCAGGUCCUUCUCCUACCGUUUUUGAAGGUGGGAUUUAAUAAUAGAAUAACAGAGUUGGAAGAGACCUUGGAAAUCUUCUAGUCCAACUCCCUUACCAAACAGGAGAACCUAUACCAUUCUAUCCAAUCUCUUUUUAAAAACCUCCAGUGAUGGAGCACCCACAACUUCAAGAGACAAGCUGUUCCACUGAGUAAUUGUUCACAUUGACAGGAAAUUUCUCCUUAAGAUUUGAUCUUCUCCAGUCUUAUGCAACCUCACCGGUCUUGAGAAGUUCUCAGAGAUUACCAAGAAGAUUCUGCAAUCAUCCUCAACACCCAAGAAUGUAAUCCAUGUGGCUCUGGAACAUUCAAAAUAACCUAAUUUCUCUCUUGUCCUCAUCUGUUGGGGUUAGGGUUAGGCAACUGGAACCACUUGUAGGUAGGCCCAAGUGGAUAUUAUAUUGUUGAUUACCUAUUAUUACAAGAAUCCUGCCAGGCUGUCUGUCUUCCCUUGGGAAACCGCAGGUGUUUCCUGAACAGACUCUAAACUGGAUUGUCUCUUUAUUCCCUGAGAAAGAGGGCUGGACCCUCCCCUUCAGCUGAUGGUUCCACCACAUUUGUCCCAAGAUGCAGUUUCCUCAUAACCAUCGUGCUAUUUUUAUUCUGGGGGAGGAUGUAAAGUAUGAUGGUGCCUUUGCACCAUCAGCCUUAAUCAGUUUCUUCUUACAAGGAGCCUAUAAUUUGUUGGGCUUUAUUUUUUGACUUUCCUUUAUUGUUCCUCGUUCCAUGUUCUGUAUGCGCCUCUCUUCUGCAUUUGAAAUAACUCCUGUAUCCUUGCUGGUUUCCUCAGAUUUCCCCCCAUUUUUCUUUGGUUGGGUUAUUUCUGACAGUCCAUUACAGAAUUUCUUAGAAUUCUUUUCAUCCUUCUUGGAUCGUUUGCUCCUUCAGGAUUUCAAGUAAUUGGAUCUCACCUAUCUUCCCUUGGAAUUUGAAUAAUUCAUUCCAAAAAUGUCUCUUUUCAGUUCCCUUCCAGAUAUUACAAACUCAAAGAUAACAUUAUAACUUUGCCUAAUGUUUCAGUUAUCUUCACUUUUUUCCUGUGGAUGAGGGUUAGGGCUGGGAUCAUUCUGAUGAAUGAAGCUCUUGGCAAAACAGGGCAAAAGUUUAUUCAGGAUUUGAUUUGGCAAAUUCCCCACUGAUAUCAGGGUAAUUGAAAUCUCCCACUAUUACUAUUACUGACAGUCAUAGAAUUGGGGGUUGGAAGGGACACUCCACCUUUCCAGUCACGUUCCCUAUGAUGCCCUUUUGCAUACCUGAUAACCUGGUUUUCCUCCUCCUCCUCCUCCUCCUCCUCCUC